AUUUUUAUGAUUUUUUCAUUCAACAUUUAAUGGAAAACAUAUAAAUACUGCUAUGCAUAGUUUACUUUUGGCUUUCAUUGUUUUACAAAGCUUUUGUAAGACAUCAGAACAAGAGGAUUGUAUGUUACCUGUUGACUCAGGAAUGUGUUCAGCAGGAGACCCAAUAUUGCGAUUUUAUUACGAUCACACAAUUGGAAAUUGUUUACCUUUUGCAUAUUAUUGUGAUGGCAAUAGUAGCAACUUUGAAACAAUUCAACAGUGUCAACUUGCAUGUACAGGAAGAUCUGUCAAUGCAUGUGAUAGUUCUCCUUGCCAAAUGGAUGAACAAUGUGUUGACAAUGUAGCCGGCGGAUACUGUUGUGUUUCAGGAAUCCCAUGUAGCAGCUCUCCUUGUCUUAAUGGAGGGGCAUGUAACAAUUUAAGAACAGCAUACACCUGCACAUGCCCAACCUCAUAUACUGGCACACGUUGCGAAAAUUUUUGUGUUUCUAAUGGGUGUACUGUCAAUCAGUGUCAGAAUGGUGGUGUUUGUCAAGCUGCAAUUUCUUCAUGUACAGCUUUCACCUGUUCAUGCCCUUCAGCUUACACUGGAACCUUGUGUGAAACUUUGGUUACAACAGCCUGUACAUCUGCGCCCUGUUUGAAUGGUGGAGCUUGCUCAGUAACAUCUACUGGGUAUUCCUGUAGUUGCCCAUCUGGUUAUACUGGAACCAGAUGUGAGACUGUGGUUACAACAGCCUGUGCAUCUGCCCCCUGUUUAAAUGGUGGAGUUUGCUCUCUAACAUCUAUUGGGUAUGUCUGUACUUGCCCAUCUGGUUAUACUGGAACCCGGUGUGAGACUGUGGUUACAACAGCCUGUGCAUCUGCACCCUGUUUGAAUGGUGGCGUUUGCUAUCUAACAUCUACUGGGUAUUUCUGUACUUGCCCAUCUGGUUACACUGGAACCCGAUGUGAGACUGCGGUUACAACAGCCUGUGCAUCUGCACCCUGUUUGAAUGGUGGAGUUUGCUCUCUAACAUCUACUGGGUAUUUCUGUACUUGCCCAUCUGGUUAUACUGGAACCCGAUGUGAGACUG